AUUCUCCCUCCUUCGCCCUCACCUCGUCGAGCUCACCUCAAGUGUCUCUCUCCCCUCUCUCCAGCCACCACCACCACCACUCGCCGCCAAAGCGCUCGACCCGGAUCACACGCCGAGCUCAGCUCGAUCACGUCCUCGGCCUCGGCUUGUCCACCGCUUCCCCUGAGCGUCCCUCCCCGUUCCUCCCUCCCUCUCCUUCUACCACCACCACCACCACCACCACCCUCACGCCAUGCCUCGCAUCGGCCCCGAGCACGAGGACUACCGCCCGCGCGGCCCCGUCAUCCUCGGGUUCCCGCUCGGUGACCUGAGCUUCGGCGCCUUUAGCUCGAAGAAGAUGUUCGACGCCCGGUGGCACCUGCGCCCUCAACGCUUUGUCGCCUAUCAGCUCGCCAUGCUCAUCUGCCUCGCCGCCGAGUGCACUGCGACCUACUCGCUGUCCAAGUACGAGGACCUCCAGGACCACAUCGAGGACCGCUUCGCGCCGGCUCACCUGUACAACAACGACCUGCUCGACAUGGAGAUCACGACCAUCGUCAUGUGUGUCGCCGUCGCCUGCUGGUUCGGCGCCGACUUCUUCUUCCUCCUCAUGUUCCCGCGCCAGUCGUACCCGCGCUGGUACCAAAAGACGAAAAAGGCCAUGGCCGUCACCAUCUGCUUUGGCGUGUUUGCCGCCGCCCUCGGCUCGACCAUCGUCGUCGCGCGCAACAGCGCCCAGAUCCAGCACGUCGACGACGCGACCCGGCGCGCCGCCCAGGAGUACUACUACCGCCCGCCGUUGCAGUACCGCGACUGGGCCGUCAACGUCGCGUACGUGUGCCUCUUGUGGCCAGGGUGGCUCGCGUGCGUCGCGAGCACGGUCCUCAUGUUCCUCGCCGACAAGCACGACUUGACGCACGGCACGAGCCCACUGUACUAUGGCGCGGGCAAGGGGACCGAGGCUGGGCGCGCGAGCGCGAGGGGCCCGCUCACCAGCGGCGGCGGCGUCGGCGGCGAGGCGGGCACGGGCACGGGCGCGUUCGACAGCGCGAGCACGCUCGACGGCGGAGCGGCGAGCGCGAGGGUCCCGCUCUCGAGCGCCGCGGGCGCACCGGGCGUCGCGCCGUCGAGGACGGCGACGCGCGCGACGUCGACCACCAAGGACGGCGACGAGGUGCUCCCGGGCCCGGGCCCGAGCCCGGUGACGACGGCCGAGCGCAGGGUCUGAGCGGGUCGGGGCGGACGAGCAGCAGGAGCAAGGACGGCGGAGCGUUUCACCCCCUCUCCUUUGUCGAUAGAAUUCUCUCGCCCCCUCGCACUCUUGGAUUUCUUUGUC